AUGCCUACAACCCUAGGUGAAUGGGGCAGAAAUCCUUUAGGUGACAGGAGCAGAAAUCCUUUAGUUGACAGGAGCAGAAAUCCUUUAGGUGACAGGAGCAGAAAUCCUACAGGUGACAGGAGCAGAAAUCCUUUAGGUGACAGGAGCAGAAAUCCUUUAGGUGACAGGAGCAGAAAUCCUUUAGGUGACAGGAGCAGAAGUCAUUUAGGUGACAGGAGCAGAAAUCCUUUAGGUGACAGGAGCAGAAAUCCUUUAGGUGACAGUAGCAGAAAUCCUUUAGGUGACAGGAGCAGAAAUCCUUUAGGUGACAGGAGCAGAAAUCCUACAGGUGACAGGAGCAGAAGUCAUUUAGGUGACAGGAGCAGAAAUCCUCUAGGUGACAGGAGCAGAAAUCCUUUAGGUGACAGGAGCAGAAAUCCUUUAGGUGACAGGAGCAGAAAUCCUUUAGGUGACAGGAGCAGAAAUCCUACAGGUGACAGGAGCAGAAAUCCUUUAGGUGACAGGAGCAGAAAUCCUUUAGGUGACAGGAGCAGAAAUCCUUUAGGUGACAGGAGCAGAAAUCCUUUAGGUGACAGGAGCAGAAAUCCUUUAGGUGACAGGAGCAGAAAUCCUUUAGGUGACAGGAGCAGAAAUCCUUUAGGUGACAGGAGCAGAAAUCCUUUAGGUGACAGGAGCAGAAAUCCUUUAGGUGACAGGAGCAGAAAUCCUAUAGGUGACAGGAGCAGAAAUCCUUUAGGUGACAGGAGCAGAAAUCCUAUAGGUGACAGGAGCAGAAAUCCUUUAGGUGACAGGAGCAGAAAUCCUAUAGGUGACAGGAGCAGAAAUCCUUUAGGUGACAGGAGCAGAAAUCCUUUAGGUGACAGGAGCAGAAAUCCUACAGGUGACAGGAGCAGAAAUCCUUUAGGUGACAGGAGCAGAUGUCAGAUGUCCUUAGUGGCUGUUCCUGAUAGUUAGUUGUGUACAGCUUUGUUUUCAGCCGGUCCACACACACUUGACCCUGCACACAAUGUCUGUAUAAGUGUUGACAUGUACUAUAAAAGCCCAUGUUCAAGAGUGCAGGAAUGUUAUUAUGUUCUCUUCCUAAUUUAAAGAACACAAACAGUGAGUAAGCUAUCGCCACACUGCCCCCAAAUAUGUGCGAAGUGCACAAGCUGGUUGGAAAAGGAAUGAAAAUAUUCCUCAUGUGGUCAGCAGAUGUUUUAAGGCCUGCUCAACUGACACAAGAGCAAGGCACUAGUUGCGUAAUACCAACCGGCUGGAAAGUGACACUUAACGGAGUGAUAUUUGUGUGCUGACGUGCUCGUAGGUGUGUGUAUGUGCGUAGGUAAGUAGGUCUGUAUGUUUGUUUGUUUGCUACAUGUCUAGCCGCUGUCUGUUUGGUCAGGGCGGGCGGAUAUGUGUGGGAGUGUGUGUGUCCGCAUGUAGUUAAGUCUAUGCACCUGGGUGUUUGACCUUCAUACAUGUUCUGUGUGUGUGUGUGUGUGUGUGUGUGUGUGUGUGU